AACCCCGCCCUUUUCACCCCUUCCCAAUUUCUGUGAACCCUAGCCUGAGAGUCCCCCCCCCCCCCUGUUGGUCUCUCCUGUUCCCUCCUUUUUAGCUUUCAGUUUUCGUUUCACUUUAUUCCAUAGAUCUCGUUUCCAUGGACCUUGGUGGAGGAGUUCGUAAGAGGGGAAGGCAUGAAGCUUCCUUUAAUGGCAAUGGCGGCGUCAAGAAAUCCAGGCCAGAAACGGAGUCCUUUCCAUCUGGUUUAGGAAGCAAAUCGAAGCCAUGCACAAAGUUUUUCAGCACCUCUGGUUGUCCAUUUGGCGAAGGAUGUCAUUUCUUGCAUUAUGUACCUGGGGGUAUAAAGGCUGUCUCUCAGAUGAUCAAUGUCAGUUCCAAUCCUGCACUCCCACAAGCAUCCAGAAAUACAGCUCUUCCACCAUCCUUUCCAGAUGGCUCCUCCCCUCCGGCCGUUAAAACCCGCUUAUGCAACAAGUAUAAUACUGCUGAAGGUUGCAAAUUUGGUGAUAAAUGCCACUUUGCCCAUGGUGAGUGGGAGCUUGGAAAGCCAACAAUCCCAUCAUAUGAAGAUCCUCGUUCAUUGGGACAAAUGCAAAGCAGGGGCGGUGGGCGAGCCGAGCCCCCCCCUCCAUCUCAUGGAGCUGCAGCCAGCUUUGGAGCCUCUGCUACUGCAAAGAUUAGUAUCAAUGCUUCGCUUGCAGGAGCUAUCAUUGGGAAAAAUGGUGUCAAUUCUAAGCAAAUUUGUCGCGUGACCGGAGCAAAACUUUCGAUACGGGAUCAUGACUCCGAUCCAAAUCUCAAGAACAUUGAGCUGGAGGGCAGUUUUGAUCAGAUCAAACAAGCUAGUGCUAUGGUUCGUGAACUUAUUGCAAAUGUUGGUUCUUUCUCUGGUCCUCCUGCUAAGAGCUUCGUGCCACAUGGUGCUGCCCCAGCUAGCAACUUCAAGACUAAACUGUGUGAAAACUUUGCGAAAGGAUCUUGCACUUUUGGGGAAAGGUGCCAUUUUGCACACGGAGCCGAAGAAUUACGCAAGCCUGGAAUGUGAUGACUUUUUGGCCCCCUCCCCUGAGUGACGUAUUGUGGACCAACGUCUAGUUUACUUUCUCUGGUUUUAGCGAGUACUGAACUGUGCAGCGUUUUCUAAUUUUUAAAAUUUUUGUCUAUCAGAUUUUAUUUCGCCGCAUGAUAUUGGUGAAUCGUUUAUGGUUUGUUCUAAAGUUACUUGCACUCGCACCAUUUAUUAUUUAGGGGAAGUAAAAUGAUAGUUUAACGUAGUUUCAA